AGUCUCGAAAUGUUUUUCAUUUUCCUCUGCGCCCGUGCGCCGGUUUCUUCUUCAACGGGAUAAGCCUGCAACCACCGCGCAAAGCUUCUGAAAAUUUACCGGGCAGCGAUAAAUCCAAGCUUAAAGAAUGAGAGAGGUUCCAUCUUUGAUAUGCUUAUGCAUAGAGGUACUCAAGGAAGGGCUCAUCCUGCACGGGGACAUUGAUGUUGUACCGGCUGUUGUCUACGAGCUUCCGUGCGAUUUGUUCGAUACCUUGGUUUCGAGGUUGCCCCCACUGGCCUUGCAAAAGUUGCAAACACACAUGCCAUUUGAGGAUCCGAAUGACCAUGAGUUUACUGAUGAUUGCUUUAGAAACGGAAGAAAACGUGGAAGGUAUUGUAAAUUCAACAUGGCAUGGAGGGCGUUAUUCAAAUUGCGUUGGCCUGACCUUGUUGACCGUAUCAAACCAGUUGACUGGCAGCAGAUGUAUUGGGAAGUGCAUUUGCAAAAUUGCCUAGAUGAGGCUGCAGAGAUAGCUUUGAUUCCAUCUUUUAAUGGAUGUAUCGGUGACAUACAGAUUCCAGACACUAUAUUGAAAUGCAUUGGUUGUGAUGGACAUACAAAUCCUUUAACUUAUGAGUAUUCGAAGUUAUCCGAUCACUGCCAACAUUUUGGUUGCUACAUUAGAUGUCUGAGACUUCAAAAUAUACUUUGCACUACAGAAACUUGUCAUUUAUUGAGAAAUUGCAAGUUAAAGAGCUUGGUGCUAAGGUUGAUCAGAUCCAAAGAGCAUAUUAAUGGGAUUUGCAAACUUCUGAACCAGAACAGUGAAACAUUAACAUCACUUGAAUUCAUUGACUGCAAACUGUCUUCAGAUUCUCUCAAUGAAAUUUGUGAUUCUCUACUCCUAAAGAGUACACUGACCCAUGGGAUACAAAAUUUCUCAUUCAAUACGUCAAGCUUUCUUGAAAACCGCCUAGUUUCAUUACCUGUUGGACUUGAAUCAUUUUUAUCAUCAGGAAGGUCCUUGUGUUCAUUAAAAUUCAGUGACAACCAACUUGGCCGGAAUUUUGCAAAUAUGGUUUUUUGUACUCUUCUUGAUGUUUCAUCCAGCAUAUCUGUCCUUGAAAUUUCGGAAAACAAUAUAUCAGGAUGGCUUUCUAAUAUUAAUCGGACAUCCUCACGUGGCCCCUUCUCAUCCUUUGGAAUUGGCAAGUCCUUACAAUCUUUACGCGUGCUCAACCUAAGAGGUUGUAAUCUACACAAAGAGGACGCGGCCUGUCUAAGAUAUGCUCUGGUUCAGAUGCCUAACUUGGAAGUCCUGGAUAUAAGUGACAAUUCAAUUGAGGAUGAAGGAAUCAGGAGUUUAAUCCCCCAUUUUGUUGAAGAUUUUGAAAGAUGUUCUUCCUUGGCUGACUUGAAUUUGGAGAGUUGCGACCUUUCUUGCGAUGGCGUAACUGAACUUCUAAAUACCCUUUCAACCUUUAAAGGACCACUAAAGUCUCUAUCUCUUGCUGAUAAUUUCCUUGGCAGCCAGGUAGCAGUGGCUUUGGGACAAUUUUUGCACACAUCCAUUGAAGUACUGAAUGUUGGAGGUAUUGGAUUUGGUUCAUCUGGUUUUCGGGAAUUACAAGAAGGCAUCAUGGAGGAGAAGUUGAAGCUAGUCAAAAUCAACAUUAGCGAAAACCGUGGUGGGAUUGAAACUGCCAAGUUUUUGUCAAAACUCAUGUCAUUGGCUCCUGAACUUACUGAAGUUAAUGCAGCAUAUAAUUUUAUGCCUGUGGAAUCCUUAACCAUCAUCUGUUCUGCACUGAAAGUUGCAAAAGGUAAUCUUCAGCUUUUGGACUUGUCGGGAAAUACUUGGUCCAAUCAGCCGGCUCACAUGGCCAUGCUUAGUGGAAUAAAGCCUGAUGUGCGGUCCAUUUUAAUUCUUCCCCCAUCAUCAGCCUCAGAUGCACCUUAUGAUGAUGAUCCUUAGUUGUUGAUGCUUUCUCGUAUUUACUUAACCAAUGUGGCACUACAUGUUGAAGUUGCCAGGUUUGCUGAUCACUGCAUUGAAGUUAUGCCAGCAUCAAGCAUAUUGAAUGUAACUGUGUGCAUAACACUUGUUGGCUCUUUUUUCUUGCACGCUACACAAUAGGUUGCAGUUGUUCAAUACUCAACAACUGGUUUGGUUAGUCCUACCUCCAUUAUAUAUGGCCGAUCGCUUAAUCCCGUUCAUCUUCGGCACAAGAGCGCUCAAUUAGUGAGUUAUUACGCACUCUUUCAAGGGUAACUGCUUCUAAGCAAACCUCCUAGUGGUCUAUUAUGGUAGAAGAUGCGAGGACGUGUAAAGGCCAACCCAUAUAGGCUGGCGGAGAGUCGUCUGGUAGAAUCACAAGUGUACGAUCAAUGGAGGCAGUUAAUUUGAUUCAAGUUGUGCCAACCUUUUCAGCCUGUUGUAGCUGUAUGAGAUUUCUUUCUCUGGCAUUCUGUUGCUAUAAUAUUUAUUUUCUUGUAGAGCCCCUCGGGAUUUAUUUAUUUUC